CCAUUAGUGUUGGAAAUGGCGGCGGGGGAUAGCUGUGGGGACGGUGGUCUCGGGCGGUACCGUUCACCAUUGGUCAGCCGCUACUCAUCCCUGGAGAUGGCGUUCAACUUCAGCGAGGCCAAGAAAUUCACCACGUGGCGCCGGCUCUGGCUUUACCUAGCGACAGCAGAGAAGAAGUUGGGAUUACCAAUCUCAGAUGAGCAACUCCAGGAGAUGGAGUCAAAUCUCUCAAACAUCGACUUCAAGAUGGCUGCUGAGGAAGAGAAGAAGCUUCGCCAUGAUGUCAUGGCCCAUGUACACACGUUUGCGCAUUGCUGUCCGAAUGCUGCUGCCAUCAUACACCUUGGUGCCACCUCCUGCUACGUUGGGGACAACACGGAUCUUAUUGUCCUUCGUGAUGGUUUUGACAUCCUCCUGCCGAAGUUGGCUCGAGUCAUCAACCGCCUGGCAGACUUUGCACAGAAAUAUGCUGACCUGCCGACCCUCGGCUUCACCCACUACCAGCCUGCACAGUUGACCACCGUUGGGAAGCGCUGCUGCCUUUGGCUGCAGGAUCUGUGUAUGGACCUGAGAAAUCUGGAGCGUGCCCGUGAUGAACUGCGAUUCCGAGGAGUGAAGGGAACAACAGGGACUCAGGCCAGUUUCCUCCAGCUCUUUGAGGGAGACCACAGAAAGGUUGAAGAGCUUGAUCGGUUGGUGACUGAGAUGGCAGGAUUUAAACAGAUGUACCUGGUGACUGGACAGACAUACAGUCGGAAAGUGGAUAUUGAUACACUGGCCGUGCUUUCGAGUCUUGGGGCGACUGUUCACAAGAUCUGUACGGAUAUCCGUCUUCUGGCAAAUCUGAAGGAGGUUGAGGAGCCCUUUGAGAAAGAUCAGAUUGGAUCCAGUGCAAUGCCUUAUAAGAGGAAUCCAAUGCGCAGUGAACGUUGCUGCAGUCUGGCUCGCCACCUCAUGACACUGAUGCUGGACCCUCUGCAGACAGCAGCUGUACAGUGGUUUGAACGGACUCUAGAUGAUAGUGCCAACAGACGUAUCUGUUUAGCGGAGUCGUUUCUAACUGCAGACAUUAUUCUGAGCACUCUACAGAACAUCACUGAAGGGCUGGUCGUUUACCCAAAGGUGAUUGAGCGGCACAUUCGCUAUGAGCUUCCGUUCAUGGCAACAGAAAACGUCAUUAUGGCAAUGGUAAAAGCCGGAGGAAACAGACAGGAUUGUCACGAGCGAAUCCGUGUCCUUUCCCAGCAGGCAGCUGCUGUGGUUAAACAGGAGGGAGGUGACAAUGAUCUGAUCUGCAGAAUUCAGGAGGACGGUUAUUUCAGCCCGAUCCAUGGGCAGCUUGAGACACUGCUUGACCCCAAGUCCUUCAUCGGGCGUGCCCCCCAGCAGUAUCCGCAGUUCUUUUGGUUUUUAUUCAACCCAUUGAGUUCCCUCCACCAUUCACAAGGAUCUGUUUUGGGACCGCUGCUGUUUGUCAUUUUUAUAAAUGACUUGGACGCAGGCAUAGGUGGAUGGGUCACCAGAUUCCUGGAGCAGGAGGUUCAGCCACUCUUGAUCCGUUAUGCUGGUCAAAUGGAAGUGAAGGUUGAGUUGGACCUCUGAGAAACUGUGAACCAGAGUGAUGAGUGCUGAAAAUUAAUCAGAAUACCUCCCAGGUUCUAGCAUGUCCAGCCUGUGACAUGAAACUGUGUGUGAGAUUUGUGACUUAGAUCUGAGGAGCAAAAUCUGGAUUGUUCAAUUUUAAGUUAUUGAUUGAUUGUUGGUUUCUGACAAUGAUUUUAAUUAAUGCUGGCAUGUCAUUGGCUGGUCUGGCACGGGUGCUGCUGUGUAUGUUAGCAAUGCAUGCUCCUUUGUGGUUGGCGGGGGGAGGGGGGUGCCAUCAGCAGACAUUCUCCCUCUCAGGAAUCAUGGAGCAAUCAUCAUGUGACCCAGAGCUAUCCUGUUACAAUUCACAUGUCAGAUCAUGAAAUUUUUCAAAUAAUUUUUGUUCCAAUUGAGUUAGUCAAACAUCGGUGCCCAUGAGACUGGGCUCAAGGCUUCUAUUUGUAUGGGAUUUGUCAUUCUCAUCUUGAAAGAAUGGCUUGUGCUUUUGAAUAAAAAAAAUUUUC